AUGUCAGAUUCCAACACAACUGACUUCACCAACCCCUCCACCUUCAUCCUGCAGGGCAUUCCUGGCCUGGAGGUGGCCCAUGUCUGGAUCUCCAUCCCCUUCUGCACCAUGUACGUCAUAGCGAUCUUGGGGAACUUCACCAUCCUGUUCGUCGUGAAAAUGGAGCAGAGCCUCCGUGCCCCCAUGUACUAUUUCCUCUGCAUGCUGGCUGUCACCGACAUGGUCCUGUCUACAUCCCUCAUGCCCAAAAUGCUGAGCAUCUUCUGGUUCAAUUCUAGGGAGAUCGAUUUCAGUGCCUGCCUCACACAGAUGUACUUCAUUCACUGCUUCUCAGUGAUGGAGUCUGGGAUCCUCGUGGCCAUGGCUUUUGAUCGCUACGUGGCCAUCUGCCAUCCUCUGAGACAUUCCACCAUCCUGACAAACCCCAUGGUGGUGAAGAUUGGCCUGGCCGUGGUGCUGCGCAGCGGCAUGCUCAUACUGCCCUAUCCCCUCCUGACAAGGCAAUGGCCAUAUUGCAAAACCAACAUCAUCCCCGACACACACUGCAUGCACAUAGCCGUGGUGAAUCUGGCCUGCGCCGACACCCACAUCAGUAGCUACUACGGCCUCUUUGUGCUAUUCUGUGUAAAGGGUCUGGAUAUGUUUUUUGUUGCAUUGUCCUAUACCCAGAUCCUCAGGGCCAUCUUCAGCCUCCCCACAAAGGAAGCCCGGCUUAAGACUUUUGGGACCUGCGGCUCCCACCUCUGUUCCAUCUUAGCCUUUUUCAUCCCAGCUCUCUUCUCCUCCCUCACGUACCGGUUUGGCCAGAAUGUGGCCCUGCAUUUCCGUGUUCUCAUUGGCAACGUGAACCUCCUGGUGCCACCCACACUAAACCCCAUCAUCUACGGGGUGAGGACCAAACAGAUCCGGGACAGGCUGCUCCGGCUCUUUACUCAUAAAGGGACCUAAAGUUUUCUCCUGGUGCCCUGGCUCUCAGACCGAGCUCCAUGCAGAGCUGGCUGCUGACAUGGUGCUGGGACCUCUUC